AUGUCUAUUUCAAAGUCUCGGUUGUCUGGCCUGCUUGGUCAUUUCACAGGUUCAACGCUGCCUAUUGAACACCGAGUUAAUACCCAUCCGCUAUCCCCGACUUUCUUUCUUCCUCGUGCUGCUGCCAUUGAACCCAAUGCUGAGGCAAUCUACCAUGUAACCACCAACAACAAGAUCCUUCGCAGGAGCUACGGUGAGAUCGCAGACCGAGCGAGGGGCGUGGCUUACUUCCUCAAGAAACAUGGGUUGAGCAGAGUGGGGAUACUCUGUCCAAAUACCCCAGCAUUCCUUGAGUCGAUUUUCGGAAUUGCCGCAGCUGGCGCUGUCAACAUCGCUGUCAAUUAUCGCCUGAAACAAGAAGAUAUUGCUUAUAUUUUUGAUCAUGGUGAUGUAGAGGCGGUCAUCGUCGACGAGGAAUAUGUUCCACUUCUGGAGAACUAUCGAUCCAAAUACCCCCGCAUUCCUAUAAUCGUAGAUACCGACACUGACGCAACGGAGGGUGAGCUGACAGGUCCCUUCGAUGAGGCUGUUUUGGAAGGCCUUAGGUACGAUAUCGACACAGGUUCUCGGGGCUGGGAAGGACUCGAGAGUCAUGCUGCUGAUGAAGAGUCCACACUCGCGUUGGCAUAUACCAGCGGGACUACAGCCCGUCCCAAGGGCGUCGAGCUCACUCAUCGGGGCUGCUACCUGGCAACAUUGGGAAACGUCAUUAAAACUGGUCUGAACCACCACCGCGGACGUGCCCGUUAUCUAUGGACGCUACCCAUGUUUCACGCUAUGGAUUACCCCGAAAUCUGGAGGUUACUGAAAGAGGAGCACAUCACUCAUUUCAAUGCUGCACCGACUGUCAACACCUUGCUCUGCAAUGCGAAAGAAGCAGAGAGGCUGGCCGAGCCUGUCCGCGUCACAGUGGCAGCAAGCCCGCCAACGCCCCUUCUCUUCGAGCAAAUGACCAACCUUAACUUGCAUCCUAUACAUGCCUACGGAAUGACGGAGACAUACGGCCCGAUCACUAGGGGCUACUAUUUGCCAGAAUGGGACGCGCUCCCUCUCAAGGAGAAAUACCAGAAGAUGGCCCGCCAAGGCCACGGCUUUAUCACAAGUCUUUUAGCUCGGGUCAUCAAGACCGAAGUCCCUGAAGGGACCAUCGCCGAUGUCCGCAAGGAUGGCCAGGAGAUUGGCGAGAUUGUUUUUGUUGGAAAUGCCUGUGCCCGAGGAUACUACAAGGACCCCGAGUCAACCCAAAAACUCUUUGCAGGAGGCGUAUUGCACUCCGGAGACUUGGCUGUCUGGCAUCCGGAUGGUGCGGUUCAGAUUCUUGAUCGCGCAAAGGAUAUUAUCAUCAGUGGCGGCGAAAAUAUCUCCUCCGUUGCACUUGAAUCUAUGCUAGUCAUGCAUCCUGACAUUUUGGAGGCUGGUGUUGUUUCUGUUCCUGACUCCCAUUGGGGCGAACGACCCAAAGCCUUUGUUACGGUGAAGGAGGGCAAGAGCCUCAAAAGCUCAGAUUUGAUUGACUGGGCUCGAAAUUCCAGCGGAAUUAGCAAGUUUAUGAUUCCUCGAGAAGUGGAAGUGGUUACUGAACUACCUAAGACCAGCACUGGUAAAAUCCAGAAGAACAUCUUGCGUGACUGGGUGAAGGGCUCAACAAAAGCUUAG